AGCGCCUUCUGGGGGCCGAGGAGCUGGGCUCCUUCCCUCGUUCUACCUCCUUCAAAGUUCUGUGGACAAGGUUCAGAGAGGCUGCCGCCUCCAAAGGGACUUUUUUCUGCCGCUCCGACGCCUCUCGGUACCCAGCUAGUCCGGCCCUUGCCCUUUGACCCCACUCUCGCGGCGGGUGAGAGGUCAGGUGGCCAUCUUGUGGCGGCGGCGCGGGCUGUUGUUACUGCGGAGACCCAUCCCCUCCCCCUCCUUGCACCUCUGACUACCUGUCAGUCGGUAAAGAGUCCCACACUCUGUCAGGUGAGGCCCCGGCCUCGUGCCGUCACUCUUCCCGCCGCAGUGGGCGGCCCAGGCCGCUCCCUGCUGGGCUUCACUGCCACCAUGUCCUCCUUCUCCGAGUCGGCGCUGGAAAAGAAGCUCUCGGAGCUGAGCAACUCUCAGCAAAGCGUGCAGACACUGUCCCUGUGGCUUAUCCAUCACCGCAAGCAUGCGGGACCCAUUGUCUCCGUGUGGCACCGCGAGCUCCGCAAAGCCAAGUCAAAUAGAAAGCUUACUUUUCUGUACCUAGCAAAUGAUGUCAUCCAAAACAGUAAAAGAAAAGGACCUGAAUUCACUAGAGAAUUUGAAUCUGUCCUUGUGGAUGCUUUUUCUCACGUUGCCAGAGAGGCAGAUGAAGGAUGUAAAAAACCUUUAGAAAGAUUGCUGAACAUCUGGCAAGAAAGAAGUGUGUAUGGCGGCGAGUUCAUACAGCAGCUGAAGCUGUCUAUGGAGGACUCCAAGAGCCCUCCUCCCAAAGCAACAGAAGAAAAGAAAUCUCUGAAGCGAACUUUUCAGCAAAUACAAGAGGAGGAGGAUGACGACUACCCUGGCAGCUACUCUCCCCAAGAUCCUUCUGCAGGACCCCUCUUGACUGAGGAACUAAUCAAAGCUUUGCAGGAUCUGGAAAAUGCUGCUUCAGGGGAUGCUACUGUCCGACAGAAAAUUGCUUCUCUGCCCCAGGAAGUUCAAGAUGUUUCUCUCUUGGAAAAAAUAACAGACAAAGAGGCAGCUGAACGUCUUUCAAAAACAGUAGAUGAAGCAUGUCUGUUACUAGCAGAAUAUAACGGGCGCCUGGCAGCAGAACUGGAAGACCGGCGCCAGCUGGCUCGGAUGUUGGUGGAGUACACCCAGAAUCAGAAAGAUGUUUUGUCAGAAAAGGAGAAAAAGCUAGAAGGAAUCAUUCUGGUUUCUGUCGGAGCAGUGGUUUGCUGGAUGCCAUGAGACGUCAUUAAAGCAGAGAAACAAUGCAAAGUUUGGGUCUGUCCUGUAGCUUUCCAGUCCUCAUUACUCUACACUGUUCUUUCAGUGGAAUGGUGUUGGCAUUCCAUUGCUUAAGCAGCAAAACAGGAAGUCCCCACCACUGGAAAGUCUGGAGUCUCAACUAAAGGUUCUUAUCCUAAACUGUGUUUCCCAGCCACUUGAGCAGAGUCAUUCAUGGUAAAAAUAGAGCUAAAUUUGCUGCAUUA